UCAAACCCAGGUCACGUGAACCCUCCACCUGUAAACCUGUUGAUUUGUGUCGCUUCCCAGAGUCGCCACUCGAGGAUACGUUCAAAUCUCUGCUGUUUAUAAUUUUAUUUGUUAUUUCGUGGCAUCUCGCAGUAAUUUCGGGGUCUAUCGCAAUAUCUGUAUACUCUAUAGAAGCAUUUUUUUGAAUGCUCUCCGACUGUGUGGACUUCGACCUCUGCGAGACACCUGCCUCAAACAAGGAAGUCUAGUUUGUUGACUGCGUCGCGGGUGAAGUCAACGAGCAGUUGUGACUUCUAAACGCGAUAAAGCUACUUCCGCCCUCUCCGGGACAAGAUCUCUUUGUUGACAGUAAAGAAGGUUAACCUUUCUUCGGAAGACAUGGCUUCAUUAACCGAAAAUAAUUCGUCUGCCCUCGAUGCAUCAAAGUCAGGCACGUCCAACAUGACCAUUAUUGUAUCAGGCAACGGAGCAAUCAUACAGAAUGGGAUGUUUUUAAACACAGUGGUUGCCCAGGUCCUCUCGGGGAUAUUCGUCUGGUCUGCCUUGCUAAUAACUUGUCACCAGAUCUAUACACACCUUCGAUCCUACACCGUCCCAAAUGAGCAGCGCUACAUCAUUCGCAUCCUGUUUAUUGUGCCAGUUUAUGCCUUUGAUUCUUGGCUCAGCCUUCUUUUCAUCAGCAACAACCAGUACUAUGUCUACUUUGAUUCUGUCCGAGACUGCUAUGAAGCUUUUGUCAUUUACAAUUUCCUGAGCCUGUCCUUUGAGUAUUUGAGAGGAGAGAGUGCAAUCAUGUCAGAGAUCCGAGGGAAGCCUAUACAAUCAAGUUGUCUGUAUGGUACCUGCUGCCUGGUUGGAAUGAGCUACUCCAUUGGCUUUUUGAGAUUCUGCAAACAGGCGACUCUCCAGUUCUGUGUUGUCAAACCCAUCAUGGCAGUCAUCACCAUCAUCCUGCAGGCCUUUGGCAAAUAUCACGAUGGAGAUUUUAAUGUGAAUGGAGGAUACCUGUAUAUCACAAUCAUCUACAAUAUUUCAGUCAGCCUGGCCCUCUACGCUCUAUUCCUUUUCUACUUUGCAACAAGUGACCUGCUCAGACCGUACGAACCGGUGCUCAAGUUUCUCACAAUUAAAUCCGUCAUCUUCUUAUCCUUCUGGCAAGGAAUGGUCCUCGCCAUCCUGGAGCGCUGUGGCGUCAUUCCCAAUGCACUUUUCAUCGACGGACACGAGGUUGGCGCCGGUACUGUGGCAGCAGGCUGGCAGAACUUUAUCAUCUGCAUUGAGAUGUUCUUUGCUGCCAUUGCCCUCAGAUACGCCUUCACCUGCACUGUCUACCAGGAGAAAAAAAAUGAAGUGCCCGAAAUCCUCCCACCAAUGCAGAGCAUUUCCAGUGGUCUGAAGGAAACAAUAAACCCGGGAGACAUGGUGCAGGAUGCCAUCCACAACUUCUCUCCAGCCUAUCAGCAGUACACCCAGCAAUCCACACAGGAGGUGACCCUGCCCAGCACAAAUGGAAAAGUGGCCACAGGCAGCAAGAGCUCCCGCAAGUCUGACAAAAUCAUGCUGAUUACAUCUGAUGAUGAGUUCUAGGCAUUUUUCCAGCAAGAUCCAGGUGUUUGUGCCCUUCCCGCCCCUGUUGCUGACCCCCUGGAGAAACAGCUUUAUCCUAUAGUGCAUAAAGCUGGAUUGAACCCAGGUGUUUAAUUUUCCAGUUUCCCAGUAUUUCAGAUGGGCUUCCUACUUCUGUCCCGUUUCAAUGCUAAUUUGACCACAUGAAGGAUUACGUAUUAAAAUGAAUAGCUUAAUAGCCAGAUAUCUGAUCUGUGUUCAUAUCAGCAGUAAUAACUGCAGGAAAACGACAUGUCGCCUUCACUCUAUCAGAGAAGACUGGAGCGCUGUGUUUUAUUUAAAUCAAGCUGCUGGAUUUUCAGCUGUGUCGCCGAUGCUGAUUCUGUCAUUAUGUCACCGCUCGCGCUCUGGCCGUCUGAAGUGUGUUCCCUCUGAUUCAUGUCAGUUUCAAAGAGGAGAUGAUUAAUGUGUGACUCCAGGUGGGAAGCAGGGAAGCCAGCGAUGGCUGGGAGUGGCACUUCAUGGACCGUUUCCCGCAUCUGCUUGUUUGAAGUAUUUGCUGAGCAUUCCUCCGCACAGUUUCCUGACAAAUGGAAGGAUUUGUUCAAAGACACAUUAGUUUUGGAGCAGGCACUUCACAAUGCUUUGUGUCUACUGUAGCAGGGAUAAACUGGAUAAACCUGCCUCCUACAGUGUGGGAGUUACAUUAUUCUCAUUAAUUUCCUCAGUGUGCUAAAGAGUGAAACUCAGUGCAACUAGACAGCCGUUUACCAGAUUCAUUUUUCACAGUUCCUGCAGCAUUGUAAAUACUUUUAGUGGCGCUUUAUUUUGUUUUUUAGGCUGACAUGCAGACAUCACUAUUCACAUUAUGAUUCCAUGUUCCAGGGAUUGUGAAAUCUGUACAGAAUUUGAUUAGUUUAGAUCUUGAUGUUUUCAUAUGUUCUGUUUCUGUUUGGAGUAUAAUUUGAAAGAUCCUAAUAUAUUUAUUGUGUGUAUUUCAGGCCUAGAUAAAACCAAAACGUGUGCUAGGAGAAAAAGACUUUUGCUAAUUUCUUUUUUUCCCCCUUUAGCAAACAUAAGAGUUGUUGCUUUUUAAAACAGAGGCUAACAAAUGCUUGUGAAUUUUUAUACCCUCUUGUGCCAAUAAUACCUGUCUUUCUGGGAAAGCAGAAAUUAAUUUACAUGUGGGUAUAAAAACAUUCAAAAAGGUUUUAUUCUUGUUUCUUAAUCAGCCAAAUAAAAUAAGAGUUUUCCUUCUCUAA